CCGACAUCACGGGGAUGACCACAAAAAUAACUAGAACUCGAAGUUAGCGACACAAGAACGACCUGCAUCACUGAAGAGCGACAAAAUGCCACGUUACCUCGACAUGGAGCCGCCAAAGAGCGUGGCCGCUCAAACGUGGCAUACGCUGUUCAAAAAGGCCAUUCUCAAGCGCUACCGACCUGAGGAGCUUGCAAAGGCUUUCAGAGAACUGCAGAUGCGAUAUCGAACCCGGCCUGGCGACAUCGCGACCACUUUGCUCGGAUUUCGAGCUGCGAACGGCAGCCCUGAUGAUGUGCUUGUGUUCAAGUACGCCGAAUUUCUGCUCAAGAACGACUACUUCACCGCGAGUGACCUACUUUCUGCGCUCCUCAAAUCUUCGAAUUACGUCCGUUCCAAGACCUCGCCCAACACGAGAUUCAGCAUGCCGACCUGCGAGGAGAGAGUUUUCAUGAUUGUUACCCAGUUUCACAUCACAAGCGAUCUGCCUUCAUCCGCCGUCGCACUACAGGACCUGGUAUUUGUUAUCUACCGGUGGCUGAAAGUGGUUGGUGAAGAUGUUGUCGGCAAACAACUUUCCGGCCUGCAGACCAUGGACGCGCAAUUGAAUGGCAUAUAUGAGGCGCUCGCACAACUCACCUUGGCUACACUCGGAAACAAAGGUAUGCGAAAGGUUACACAGUACCGAUGGUGGAAAGAACGCCGGGCCACAGUUGUCAAUGAGAUGCAGAAUUACGACGUGAAUGUGCUCCAGUGGAUGAACUCACAACUCGCCGGGCGACUGCGAGCGUUGCUCAAUGUACCACCGUACUUGGAAAUGGAUGCGGACGGAAAGUACAAGUUCUCCGACGAGCAAAUUCUGGCGCAAGUUGAAGAGCUGCCCGUCGUGCGAUCUCGCGCUGGCAUCUUUGUGUGGCUCAACGCUGCACUGGCUGCUCGACCUCUGACGGACGACAUGACAAUACUCACGUACAUACAAGGGCGCUCCUCUGACAACCCUCAAUCCAUCGUCGUCGAUCUACUUGUUGCGGCAUUCGACGUCCUCACAAAUUUCAUGUUGACCAAAGAACCUCGCCAAAAUGCAAAGGUGGUCCGUUCCUUCAUUUGCAACAAACUGCCAGUCUUGAUCGCAAUCCUGGCGAAUAACAUGCAGCCAGCGAUCUCUGCGGAUGCCUGCAUACAAAUGGCGCUCAUGCCGGGCGGUAUGAUCUCUAUGGACCCUCUACCUCCAAUCUCUGCAGGUGCGACAGAUGUUCGGGACAGUCUGAAGACUACCAGACUGGAGUUCCUGCAAGCCUGCGUGUUGCACGGACUCGUGAACGAGCAGACAGUAGCCUUGAUCCUACAGGAAUCAGUGGCACUACCGAGGGUCAUCAAGCUCAACAAGGACAACCUGGUAGCGCAGUGCGCAAAUAAUGUUAGCAAACUCGCUGAGCACAUCGAAGAGCUGGCUGGUAUGCAAGGCAAUGUUGGAGCGAUUGCAGGAUGCGUCGUGGAGACAGUCAACAAUAUGUGCAUGAGCAAAGACACAAUGUCCCUCAAGUCAGUGUGUGACAAGCUCAUCAGGAGGAUACCGUACAUGGACUUCGUCAUGCAAUACACGCAGCCUGGUAUGCUACUGCUGCCUCUCUGCAACCUUCUCAAUGACUGGACGCACGACCAAGACCAAAGCGAGUUCACUCCUGCGUAUGAAGAGUUCGCGUCAAUACUACUAUUCACCCUGGCCGUCAUCUAUCGUUACGACCUAUCCUUCGCCGACAUUGGUAUUCUUGGAGACAGCUUCGUUGCUAAGCUACUAGAAGAUAUGACUGUUAGCAAACCACCCGGUGAGCUCCAGCCGGAGCAAGCAUCGCAGCUUACCCAGUGGAUUGAGGGCCUCUUUGCCGUAGAUGAACAUGGGGAUACGAGUGGGAUUGGUGACGACGUUAUGCGACAGUGCUCGCCCCAAUCAUUCUACACCCUCGUUCCUACGUUGUUUGAGCAGAGCAUCCUGGCUUGUCGAUCCCAGGUCUUGUCGAUGAACACAUUCAAGUCUGGACUGGAACUCCUCCUCGAGCCAUUUUUGCUGCCAUCUCUAGUGAUGGGCCUGGGGUGGCUGGCCAAGCACUCUUGGGAAGAUCACAAUGACGCCGACGUCCUCAUACAAGUCCUCGAGAAAUUGUUGAAACCAUCAAGUAAUGCGCCAGAGACACAAGCUAUGCAUCGCGCCGUCCUUGCCGUGGUCGCAACACCGCUAUACUGCUCGCUGGAGGAAUAUUGCCGCAAGCAGCCAAACAAGAAAGCGAAUGAGCUGCUGGAGCUUCUGAAACCUCAUCUCAACCAGCAACGCUCGCUGCACUCUCGCCAAAGCGAGCUAGACCAAUGGCAGCAGGAGGGAAAAGGCCUACAAGGCCGCGUGCAACAAGCGAUCCGGGAUCUCAUCACUUGGUCUUCCACUUCCACAAGCCCACCGAAUCCGCCACCGCAUUACACGCACAGGACAUUCGCAAUAGCUUGUCAGUUACUCGACAGCCAGACGCUGUUGGAUGCUAUUAUCGCAGAGGUCAACAAGACUGAGUACAACAACGUCCCUAUCGCUCUCGAUGUCUGCACAUCUCUGAUUUGUGCGCCUGCUCCGGUCCCAAUGGGCGCGCAACAGGCUACUCACUGGACUUCACCUACGGGCCAAUUGCGCUCACGCGUACGUAUCGCUAGCGCUGAUGCUCAAGCCAUCCUAGACCUCGCAAAAUCUUACGCGGAGACUCUGGUUCGCCUCGGCCGACGAGUUCAAGCACAAAUGUCGUUUGCAGCGCAGAUGCCAGCGAUAGCCAUGCCCAUGCCCAUGCAAGAUCAAAGCACCGAUCAGAUGAUGCAGGAUUUAGGCCUCGCGUUAGACAACAACACAAACGCUUCCAACGUGGAUGCGACAAUGGCCACCAAUGCUUCUGCCAUGGCUUCAAAUGCCGAAUUGUCAGGCAUGGAUCAGCCAAUCGAUUUGACAAAUCUCAACAACGCAUCUGCUGACGAGUUGGCUAAAUUGACUGUCGAUGGCGAUGCGAUGAACCUGGACCAAAACAAUCAGUUCCUUGCAGAUUUCGGCAUGGGCGUAGGCGAUGCACAAAAUAAUGCACAGAACAAUGCAAUGACCAAUCAGGAUGACGAUAUCUUUGCAGGCUUGAAUAUGGACAUGGGGGAGCUCGAUGAUUUUACAUUUGACUAGUCGGGCGAUGCAGAAUCAACUGUUUCAGACAGCACGCUCCCGCCACAAGCAGAAUCGCUGGCCCCAACACCAAUUGAUAUGGAGCUUGGACCAGGUCAGCAGCCCACGCGCGAGUACUAUCGAAGAAUUCAGGACCAGCUUGUUGCCGAGGCAGCAAAGGCACAGGUUCGCAUGCAAAGACAGCAGCAGCGACAACAAGAUGCAGAGCGCCAGUGACUUUGCGGGCAGCAGGGUGAACGAGCAGCCUCGUCAAAAUUAGGGUGUUGAUGUUGGGAUGUGGACUUUGACUUGAAGAGGCUUGCAACUUCGCAAUUGACGAUAUCCUUGGUUGAGAAGGUUCGUGACAUAUUCUUUGAUCGACAAGGUAUGAUCAUGCAACAUUGACAUGAGUUUUUGUUGUACACAUUCUUUUCUGCGUCU